GUGUGGGUUUUCCUUGCCCCGGAAGUGCUGGCUGCUUCCGGCGAGAGGGAGGGAGGGAGGGAGGGAGGAGGCUGUCAUGGAGCUGUGCGAGAUCCUCUACAACAAGGCGGAGUACAUCGAGACGGCCUCUGGUAACAAGGUGAGCAGGCAAUCUGUGCUGUGUGGGAGUCAGAACAUAGUACUAAAUGGAAAGACCAUUGUGAUGAAUGAUUGCAUAAUCCGUGGAGACCUGGCAAAUGUGAGAGUUGGACGACACUGUGUCAUCAAGAGCCGAAGUGUCAUAAGGCCACCUUUUAAGAAAUUCAGCAAAGGAGUUGCCUUUUUCCCACUGCACAUUGGUGACCAUGUGUUCAUUGAGGAAGACUGUGUGGUAAACGCUGCCCAGAUUGGAUCUUAUGUUCACAUAGGAAAGAACUGUGUGAUUGGUCGGAGGUGUGUUCUGAAAGAUUGCUGCAAGAUUCUGGAUAAUACUGUCCUUCCUCCAGAAACCGUGGUCCCUCCUUUCACUGUCUUCUCUGGCUGCCCAGGUCUUUUUACUGGUGAACUCCCAGAGUGCACACAGGAGCUCAUGAUUGAUGUUACAAAAAGUUACUACCAGAAGUUUCUGCCGCUUUCUCAGAUUUGAGAUGGGCCUUUUCUCUACAGCACCAUGAAGACAGUAUCUACUUUACUGGGGACCUGGAAUUGAAUAGCUGGACAAAGUUUGAACACUGCCUGGGCACUCCCAGGUCAUGAAGUGACUCUGGCAAAGGGAAACCUUGGUGUCGUAAAUGGUUCUGUUUCUUUAGGCCCAGUGAAGACCAGCUGCUCCUCCACAGCUACACUUAAGACGAUGGUGUGCGAUCUUCACUUCAUAAUUUAAUAUUUUUAUUGGCUCUGCUCAGUGCCAGAAAAACAAAUUGAGCUUGAUAUAUGCUGUAAUUAUUUAUGAAAUUAUUUUGGGACUGAGAUGUUAAAUCAUUAGGCUACCUGUGUAUCCUAACUCGGUUUGUUGCAUUAAUCCUGUCCCCAUUAGGUAAGCAGUUGUGUUAUUUCUCAAAAGAAUGACGCUGACCUUUCUUUACUGUUUGUGUAAAGUGUUAUCAACCUUUGCACAAUUUUUGACUGACUGAUCAUAAAUAUCACCUGAGAACCACGAUGAUCCCGGAUGAGUAACUGGGGUUGCAGGUUGCCUCUGUACAUACAUGCAACUAAUGCAGAACAUGUCUACCAUAACCUCCAUGGAAUUGACAUGCUAUAACUGAAAUGCAUUCAGACAAGUUUAUAAAUAAUACACCGUUCAGCAAUGUCGUUUUAUUUUUGUAUUCACUGUCCAUGUGGCCUUUCCAGGCAAAUUUUCUUCACGUUAUUAUCCAAAUGAUAUAUCAUACAUUUAUUAAUGCCUACAUUAACACUCACUUUUACCAAGUAUAACACAUGUAAUCUCUACUGUCGGGCAGUAAUUUUGUCUAUAUCAAAUAAGAUUUAAAGUGUUCUAAAUAAGAAUUUAAAAAUGAUGCUGGCUGUCUAAUUGAUGCAGCAUGUAACAUCAAUAUACACGACUUUCUAGUUAAUACAAGUUCUAAUACAAAUAAUGCAAUUUGGGAAUGAAGAAUCAGAGGCCAUUGAUUUAAGCUCAGCGGGGCAACAUUUAAUAGGAACCUGAGAGCAACCUUUUCCACGCACACGAUGGUACAUAUAUGGAAGGAAUCACUGGAGGAUGUGGUUGAGGCAGGUACACUAACAACAUUUGAAAGACAUUUGAACAAGUCGGUUUCCUCCCACACUCCAAAAACAUAGUUGUAGGUUAAUUGGCUUGGUAUCAUUUUAACGUGUCCCUAGCGUGUGUAGGGUAGCGUUAAUGUGCGGCGAUCGCUGGUCGGUGCGGACUCGCUGUAUCUCAACUAAACAACAUGGAUGGGAAAAGUUUAGAGGCAUAUGGGUCAAACCUUGGCAAAAGGGACUAGCUUAGAUAGGCAUCUGGGUCGGAUGAACUAAUUGAGCUGAAUGGCCAGUUUCCAUGCUGUAUGACAAUGUGUUGCAUUUUGUAUUGCAUGUGUUGCAUUUGGGAUGAAUAAAAACAAGCCAAAAAUCAACUGAAAACUAUGGAAGAUUAAAUAGGCACAUUUCUUCUAUUGGGUUGUGGCUUUUAUGUUGGAUUCAUAUACAGCAAACUAACACCAUGAUGCCCAGGUAUUCGUAUCCAGAUACUCUCAAACUUUUUGCUGUUUACACAUGAAAACCAAAAAAUACAAAAAAAAAUUAGAAUGUUACUAGACUUCGCAGGAAUUCCAGUUUAGUUACAGUUAUGAAUGUUAUGAGUAUUACAACUAAAUCCAAUCAUUUUAAAACUC